CUAAAAGACCAGCUCUUGGAUGCUGCUCGCAGAGACAACUUGGACCUUUUAAACUCAAUUCUCCCCCAGCUAAACAAUAACCAAGACGAUUUUGUAGACUUGAUCAACAACUCCAGAGACACCUUGGGAAACACUGCUCUUCAUCUUGCUACAAUCUAUGGCAACUUUGAAAUCAUCGACUCAAUAUUAAACUACGACAAUAUCGAAAUCGACCCAAUAAAUAACCUCAACAACGACUCCCCUCUACAUCUAGCUAUAACCUACUCCUUUGACGAUUUCAACUAUGGCAAAUUCUUAGCUGAGACCCUAAUAGAUGCAGGCUCUGACCCAAGAAUUAAAAACAGAUUCGACAGAAAACCAAUAGACUUGCUUUAC